AUGUGCGUCCAGAUGUCGAAUGUGGAGCUACUCAGCGUGUGUACCGUGCUGCAGGAGUGCAUAGACCAACUUUCAAUUUUGGGACACAUUAUGCCUAACUCUUACAAAGGGCGUCCCGAGGCAGACAUGGUGUUGUCUGUCGAUAUUAAGGCCGUGAUGGAGCAGCAAAGGGCGGCUGAGCUGAAUCUGAAGGUGGCGCGUCGGGGCCAGGUGGGAAAGUCACAGCUGACCGAGGCCACUCAGGAACUCCACAGAACUCAGAAAGAACUGAACUGUACUCUAGAGGAGAACCCGAUGUCCCCUGACACCUUGGCCAAAGUGGAGCGAGACAGGCAGUUUUUGGCUCAGGUGUUGACUGAGGUACUAGCAGAGCUGCAGGAGAAAGGCAUGUUUCACAGCUUGCUGUUGGCCGUGGAGGAGGAAAAGAAAAAGAAAGCCCAGCUUCUGGACAUUAUACAAAGGGAAGAGGAAAGUCGCCUUAGGAUCAAAGCCCUGCAGAAACAGCUACUGGACAUCGGGAAAAAAAAAACAGUCGAUCUGCAAAAGCGUGAUGAAAUGACAGCAUUUCUGAAGGACCAGUCACAGGAGGUAAAGCUCCACACAGCCCUGGAGAGGAAGUACGUCCAGAGCAGUGCAGAGGUCUUAGUCUACCAGGGACGCAAACGCAAUUCACAGAAAGAGAGAGAGAUGGAGGAGGAAAUUAAGCAUCUACAAGACGCACUGGAGGAAGAGAGACGUGUUCACGCGGAGAUGACGUCUUUUCUUAAGAAGCAGCAGACAAUUUUAGGGGAGAAGCUGGAGGUUUGGAUGGAGCGAUAUGAGAGAGAUAUGGAGGACAAACAGCAAGAACUCAGCAAUAUGAGAAACACAAAAGCCAUUAACCUCUUACAGCUGCAGGAGCUGGCCAAAAAGUACAGGGAGAGUGAGCAGGUGAUCAUUGAAGACCGAGUGAGGAAAGAAGAUCUACGCAAACAGAUGGAGAGAGAGCAGCUGGAGAUGGAUGCGGCAACCAUGAUCCAGUCCUGGUGGAGGGGAACCAUGGUGCGUAAAGGGUUGGGUCCAUACAAGAAGAGCAAGAAACCAAAGGCCAAGGAAGGGAAGAAAGGCAAAAAGAAGAAGAAGUAA